AUGAAGAAUAACACAGUGUUGACUGAAUUCAUCCUCCUGGGCUUUCCAUUGCUUCAAGGUCUGCACAGUGUGCUCUUCUCAGUUGUUCUGCUCAUGUACAUCCUAACCAUCCUAGGUAAUGGCCUCAUUGUUUUUAUUGUGAGAGCCACCCACAAGCUUCACACACCCAUGUACUUCUUCCUGAGCAACCUGUCCUUCCUGGAAAUCUGGUACACCACGACUGUGGUACCCAAAAUGCUAGAGACUUUUGUGGCCACCAAGGCAACAAUCUGCAUCUACUGCUGCCUGGUCCAGGCAUUUUUCUACUUCUUCCUGGGCAGCACAGAGUUUUUCAUCCUCACAGUGAUGUCCUUUGACCGUUAUUUGGCCAUAUGCAAGCCCCUGCAGUAUGCCACCCUCAUGACCAACAGGGUCUGUUUCCAGUUGGCCUUUGGUGCUUGGUUUGGUGGUUUCAUGGCCAUCUUCUUUCAAACUAUUCUGGUCUUUCAGCUGCCCUUCUGUGACUCCAACGUCAUCAACCAUUUCUACUGUGACAUCGGACCAAUCUUAAAAAUAGCCUGCACAGACACCCACCUCAUUGAGCUGCUAGGGUUUGUUGCUGCUGUCACGGUCAUCCUCAGCUCUUUGCUUUUCACUGUGGUGUCUUACAUCUAUAUCAUUGCCACCAUCCUAGCCAUCCCUUCUUCUACAGGGCGCCGAAAAGCCUUCUCUACCUGUGCAUCCCAUCUGAUUGUGGUCUCUAUAUUGUACGGGGCUGUUCUUUUCAUGUACCUGAGGCCCAAUGUGCAUUCCUCCUCUGGUCUCAACAAGGUGGUGUCUGUGCUAAACACAGUCUUGACUCCUCUCCUGAAUCCUUUCAUUUACACAAUAAGGAACAAGGAGGUGAAAGAGGCCUUCAGAAAUAUACUGAGCAGAAAAAGGAUCUAG